GGGAUAACGGUUGCCUGCCGUUGUCCCUGGUGGAACGACAUCCGGGUAUGAGAAGUGAACGAGAAAAGGCAUAGAGGAAUGAUGAGAAGGGAACUUAAAAAGAAAAGGCUAUCAAGAUGCCUGAGACUAGCGGCGCAUCAGUUGUUCCGAAGAAGGGUCUGACACUCGAUGACCUCAUUGCGGCCAUCGACCGACAUGAAAGGAACCCGAGCAACAUCCCAAAGGUCGAUACUUUCCAUUUCUGUGGGGAGAGAGUUUCAGAAUGGCUAGAGCGGGUGGAACAAGCUUUGGUCGGGCGGUCGGAUGUUGUGAAGUUUCAACGCAUCCUUCAGUAUGUCCUUCAGAGCUACCACCAAGAGGUGAAGAAAGUCAUAGAUGCAGCCCAAGGUAGCUGGGAGAGAUUCAAGGAGGGGAUGCAGAGGAAAUACCGCCUGGGAGACGGAUUGUUGACUACUGCGGACCUUGAAGCGAUGAACAAAGAGGAUUUUACGACGAUAGGGGCCUUUGUACAAGAAUUUAAGAAGAGGGCGCGAAAGGUCCAUGGGAUUUCAAAGGAGGCACAUUGCGCCAUCUUCCUAGGGCUACUUACGGCAUCGGAGGCCGUCGAGUUGACGAGACAUGGAGGAGGUAGCACUAAGCUCACCUGGGCCACCAUCGAUAGAGGGGUGGAAGUGGGAUGUUUGGACCAGGUCGAACAACGUCAGGUACGCCUGCAAAGGCAGAAGAGAAAGGAAAGAGAUGCGACUGCUUCUGGGACCCCGGGGGUAACAAGGAUUGUUACAGACGUAUUGGCGCAGCUAGGGUAUGCGACAGAGCCGGUGGUGCAAAGGAGGGUGGUGACGGCUGUCAAAGUGAAAGGAAAGGAGCCAGUGAUAGAGGAGGCUGUUCAGGAGGAGCUCUGGGAAGAGGAGGAGCUGGUGCUGCAGCACCUGACAAAGGUCCAGCGCAAAGUGCGUAAUUUGGCGCAGGGCGGACAGGGAUCAGGAAAAGCGCAGGCACCUCAGGCCCAGACAGCAGCCCCUUUAAAUGUGGCGGCUCCAUCAUCUAGUACGGGCCCCUCGCUAGGUGGGGUGCCUUCCUACGGGCAGUGGCCCUGGCCGGUGAUCAAUGCGAUUGUGCCAUGGGGGAACCCGCCGCCAGUAGCCAGACCGCAAACAAGCUCGCUGAACCCGGCAGGGAAUGUGAACGAAGUGCCCGAGAGCCAGGAUGACGAGUUCGAGGAAGGGGAAGUUAAGGAGGCAUUUCGUGCAGAGGAGUACGACGGGAUCUACCUAGAACUGGGGCUUCUUCUGUCAUGUGAAAUGCGGCUUAGGGAUGCGAGCGAUAGAGCUCAGAGGAUGAUGCAGCGGUAUCUAGUGCGAGACGGCCAUCUUUUCGAAAGGUCCCGUUUAAGACAAGGAGAGCCGCUGCAUCCAAGGCUAGAGCGAGAGGUGGGGGCCGUAGUGCAUCUCGAUCUACUUUUUAUGCCACUCGGGGAUCAGGGCUAUAACUAUAUCUUCGAUGCGCGCGAUAACCUGUCUGGGUUCGUGGACGGGCGUGCUAUUCGCACCAAGACCGGGUCCGUCUUAGUAAACUGCAUCGAGGAGUAUUACCUGCGCUAUCCUUUCGUCAGGGAAUUCGUAAUGGACAGGGGAUCGGAGUUUACCUGCCAGGAGGUGCAAGAAUUGUUAUCAAGGUAUGGUGUGGUAGCCAACUACACCACGGCGGCGCACCCCCAGGCAAAUGCUCCCGUGGAACGAGGACAUAGUACCAUUACGAGUCUCCUGGCUAAGUGGACGGAAGGUAGGCCUAAUCAAUGGCUAAGAUACCUAAGGGCAACUUUCUUUGUCGAGAAUAUUACAGUAAAAAGAUCCACCAAGUACGCACCGGCGACACUGUGGUACAGAAGGCACGCCACCUUUCCUAUCGAAAGCUUUCUUAAUACAUGGAGGCGCCAGGAUCUGGAAGUUAACCUGUCAUUUGAGGAAAUGCUCGAUAUUCGAGCGCGGCAAAUAGGGGCGAUAGAAGAAAGGAUCCAGGAGGCGUCUGACCAGGUGGCGAGAAGCCGUAUGGACGAUAAGGCUCGAUGGGAUCAGUCUGCGCGGGUGAGGAAAGCACCCUUGGCAGUUGGAGAUAUCGUGCUUCUCUACGAUUCAUCACUGGAGAAGCAAUGGUCCAGGAAGCUCGAUAAGAGGUGGUUAGGUCCCUACCGGAUCGCACGGGUCGGAGACUUCGGAGCGUACCAGAUCGAGGAGAUAAAUGGGACUGAGUGGAAGGAUUGGGUAUCUGGAACGCGACUGAAGAAAUUUGUGGCGAGAGAAGAGCAUGCGAGGCGUAUGGGCUGGACCGUCGAUCAGGCGAUUGAGAGACUGAGGGGAGAAGGUAGGUUCGAGGAGCCCAUUGCCAGGAUUCGUAGGGAGGCGACGACGAGGCAGGAGGUGGAGAUGAGGAUGGAGGAGUUGCGACCCUCGCCUGUGGGACCUGAUGGCAAGCCGAUCCGCCUGGAGAUUGGAAAUGCGUCGGACUUCAUCCCCGCGUUUGAGUGGUUCAUGCAGGGACAGGGCAUACCGAGAGAUGAUUGGAUGCAGACGCUACCACUCUGGACCAGGAAGGCGGAAAGGCCACUGGCUAUGCAGAUCAGGGACAUGGCACGAGAUUGGGAGAGCUGCAGGGCACAUCUGAGAGAGGCCUUUCGACGGCCAGAGCUCCCUCAGCCCAGAGUCGAGAGGCGGCAGAGGAGUCAAAGACCGAGGGACCCUGAGCCCAGGGAGGUGAGACCAUCACGAGGAGGACGGAAGGCCCUAGCCAGGAGAGGGGAGGAGCCGGAGCAGGAGCCAGAGGUUGAAGAGCAAGGGACAUACCCUGAAUGUGGGUYGGGACCAGUGGAGUUCCAUCGUUUUACUGAGGGUGGAUUGAGGAGGUCGCCAGCACACCCACGGGAGGAGCCGCCAGUGUCUGAAGGGCCGUUGAAAGAGUUAGAAGCGCAUCUGGAUAUCUCUCAGUGGAAAGCGUCGCCUCAGGAUGAGAAGCAUGAAGAGCAAGUAGAGGAGGUGCCACGAGAGGAGGUGCCACAGGAGGGGAUACCGCGAAGGGAGGUAUCACAGGAGAAGGUGCUACGGGAAGAGGCCCAGGGUACUCAGCAAGAGAGAGGGCUAGGCGAUGAGGGGAGACGUGCAGGAAAGGAAGUGAUAGAGGUUGGAGAGGACACGCCCCCACCGACGCCAGCAGUGGGUUUGAGACUUGGAGAUGCACCAGGGAGCACCCAGCAGGCAAAGGAGGGGUUGCAGAGAGAGGAGGCCCCUCUACCUUCGUUGGAAAAGGCUCCUUCGCCAGAAGGGACGGCAGAAAGGAGGAGAGAGAGGGCAACUGUAAGGAGAGAAGCCUUGACCUUGAUUGAUAGGCACCUAGCAGCUUAUGCCCUGGAGCAUCCAGACCUGGAGGAGCCAGCACCUGCUGAGCUACGCCGGGAGUCGUGCCAACCUGAGAAGGAGAUGGAAGCAGAAAUCCCGAAGAGGGUCGACCUCCGCACGAGGAAAAGGGCGCCAGCUGGAGAAACGGCUGAAGAAAAGAGGGCGAGAAGAACAAGACGGAUAAAUGAGAUAUGGCAAGAGAGGCGGAGAUUGGAGGCGGCGGGGGAGCUCCCGGAGCAGCAACAGGAGGAGCAGCGAUCAGAGGCAGCAGGAGCACUCCCGGAGAGCAGACUUCAGAGGAUGGGCACACCUGAGUAUGGAUCAGAGGAAAUUGAGGAGCAGCCCACGGCAGAGCCAGGAGAGACACUCGAGAGGAGACCUCAGAGGUUGGACACGCGUGAGUACGUCCCAACGACAGAGGAAUUGAGAGGCAGAAUAGGACCUUGGGCUACUGGAUCUGGGUCUGGGGGACCGGUUCGUGGGACAGAGCGGCAGGAGGGUGUUAGUACCUUGGUAGGACCUCCUUCUUCGCCAUCUCCUCAGCCCAGAAAAAGGAAGUUCAAGAGAAAGGUAGAUCAGCUAUGUUUCUACUGCAAAAAGGACGUACAUCUGGCUUUAGGCUGUCUCGAGUUUCUUGAGGAUAAGGCAGCAGGGAAAGUCUCAGAGGUAGAGGGUAAAGUGUAUGAUAGACAGGGUGGCGCCGUUGCCGGGGAUAACGGUUGCCUGCCGUUGUCCCUGGUGGAACGACAUCCGGGUAUGAGAAGUGAACGAGAAAAGGCAUAGAGGAAUGAUGAGAAGGUUAGGACAGAUAAUGAAUGACUAGGUGUAGG